CUGACCCCUUUUCAGCUCCACAUAAUAAUUCAGAGUUUAAUUAAUUCACUCUAUCUGCAUAUAAAAAUGGAGUUAUUGUGAGGAACUUUAAAAGAAACCAAGUCGUAUACAAUGUACAGAUUAAGCUGUAUGAUAUUUGCACUUAAACUAUACAUACAUAUGGUACUUAUAAAACUUGUAUUUUUACUGUAGUAGUAUGUGAAUUUAAUCUAAAAUAAAUAUAGGUCUACAAAAAAGAAAUUUAAAACUAUGCUCUCCUACAAGAUGAUUUUCCUCAGAGCCUACACCAUAAGCAAUUUUUUCUAAGGUAACUAAAAUAUUAUCUUUUUCCUGUUUCAGAAUGAGAUUAAACUUCCUUCACUAGUGGGAAACUCAACUACCUCAUCCCAACUUAUGUACACUUGAAACACACACACACACACACACACAAUGGCAACCUCAGGGAAGACUCAAGCCCAAGCCUCCUCCAGCCCUUCUUCCGUCUUCUCCAUCUUCCGUUACAUGCACAAGAUGAAGCCGUCAGACCUCUCCCCCCUCAACGACGACCUCUCCAGCCAGGACAGCUCUCUGGAGAAUGAGAGUGACGGAGACCCCCCGGCGGCCGAGGAGCAGAACAACAACAACAAUAAUAACAGCAAUAACAAUAACAACAACAACAAUGACACCGUUGAGGACAACACGAACGCUAAUAAGCCCACCACCACCACCACCGCCACCAGCGUAGGUCACGAGGUGGAGGGCGGCGCUGAGCCUGCCCGUGACCCUGGUGUGCUUGAUGCAGCGAGCCCCGGGGCACGGCCAGGGGUCAAGGAGGGCAUCCGGAUGUCCCCGGAAAGCGGCGUGGACUCUCCUUGCGACAUGGACCUAAUGGAGGUGAUCAAGGUCCCGGAGAUGGCGGCCAAGCGGUCCAUCGCCGAGGUGUUGUCGCAGGUGGUCAAGAUGGAGCGGUCGUCCUCGUCGUCGGCCUCGGCCUCGGAGGCUACCAGAACGCCCGAGGCCCCAGACAUCGUGGCCUCCACCACCAAAGGGAGACCCAAGGUGGCGGCGGCGGCCAGGCGGAGCAUCAGCGGCGGCCACCGCGGGUCGGACGUGGCCACGCUGGCCAUCCUGUGCCAGCACUACGCCCAGCUGGUGCACGCCCUCAAGGAAGAAAACUACCUGCUGUCCUGCGCCCAGAGUCCCCUGCUGGCCACGCCCAAGAGUGGCACACGGGCAGCCUCCUCUGGGGCCAGGACUCAUCUGUUGGGGGGAGCUGCAGGCAGAGGUCGGAUCUCCAAGGGUGUCUUUGCGUGGGACUCCGACAUGACCCCAAGUUUCGAAACUUGCCGUGUUCCAGGAGCCGGGGAGGAGAGGGACCCCGCGAGGAGCCUCCCCUAUGAACACUGCCGUCCCACCUCAGACUCCGCGGCGGGCGUCUCCCUCAGUAGCCAGCCGCGCCUCAAGCUGCACAGAAGCUCCUCCAACUCGCGUGACUACAUCAACAACAACAAGACCCCGCGGCAAAGUCCCACUCGAGCCCAGGACGACGACUUCAUCAAGCCACGCGGAGACCUCCCACUCAAGGAGAAGCGCCACUGGGCCCUCAAGCCGCUCCGCUCCUCGGCCGCCAAGCACAGGAAGGAACCGAAGACACACCGCAAGAGUUCCUUCAGCUUCUUCAGAGACACGGAGGACAACGAGAACCUGAACACGGACAGUGACAGCGAGUCCCCAAAGGCAGUACGCACGCCGGCCGCCGCCCAGCCUCUGCCCAGUCCCACGGUCGGCGUACUCUCGACCAAAAUCAGCGAGAUGGAACUGAAGAUCGAGGAGAUACUGACGCUGGAGCCCGUGGACCUGAUGCUGCGCGAAAAUAGUCUGGACGGCUCCCCGGCGCGGCGGUCCGUGGGCAGCAGCGACACCCUCCGCAGGUCCCAGCGAGGCAACUUCUACCGCCACUCCGUCAGGGACACGCGCAGGGACCAGCACCGCCAGGACGGGUGUGACUCUGAGGAGGCAUGUGAGGAGGCGUGGCGGAGGGGGUGCAACUCCGGUGGGUCAGCGGGGGGUGGCAGCAGCGUGUGUGUGUACCAGGCCUUGGCACAGGCAGCACAGGUGGAGGUGGACAAACUGAGGCAACUUGUUCACCUGCUCAACACCAGACUGACUGAGCUGAGUGGGCGAGUGCUGCAAGUGGAGGGGCGGCUGAGGGAGGAGCGGCAGAGGUCGGCCAGCAUGGAGCGAUGUCUGGAGCGGCGUGGCCUUGAAGCAGGGGAAGGUGUGUCAUGCAGGGGCAGCAGCAGGUCUCCGAGGUCAGGCAGCGAGGGCGGCAGCAGGAGGCAUAUGCCCUCCUUUUUGGCCUGGAGUGAAGCUGCCUCGGAAAAUCUGCUCAGGAACAAGGUGGACAUGGCUCGUGAAGAGAUAGAGCUUUUGAGGCAACACAUUGAUCUACUGCUGCGCAUGCGCCAGGAGGACCUCAAAGUGUACGAGUCAACAGUGGACAAGUUCAGGCAUACCAUAGCAUCAGGCAGUCAGUGGUAGACCAGCC